AUGGGGUGCUGUGGCUGCGGAAGUUGCGGUGGCUGCGGCGGCUGCGGCGGUGGCUGCGGUAGUGGCUGCGGUGGCUGCGGCGGCGGCUGCGGCGGCUGCGGCGGCGGCUGCGGCAGCUGCACCACCUGCAGGUGCUACCGGGUGGGCUGCUGCUCCAGCUGCUGUCCCUGCUGCUGCGGCUGCUGCGGGGGCUGCUGCAGCGUCCCCGUGGUCUGCUGCUGCCGCCGCUCGUGUGGCUGCGGCUCGUGCGGCUGCGGGAAGGGCUGUUGUCAGCAGACGUGCUGCUGCCAGCAGACGUGCUGUUGCAAGAAGCCGUGCUGCAGCUAG